AUGACGGCACCACCAGACUGGGCAAGCGUCAUGCGCGUGCUCGACGCCGCACGAUGCGACCUGAAGGCAGGACAGAUGAUCAAAGCCGAGCAAAGUAGCUUGCUCGACCUGAUGGGUGCCAUCGAGGUACAUCCUGUUCUGGCUCCAUCUCUUGUCGUGCAUCUAGCCCGUCCCGCGAUUGCUGACCACUUCCCAUCCGCUUUGCACUUGUUCCUCAGAUCAUGGAUCCGCGAACCGACUCCUACUUGCUCCACCAGCAGUCCUCAGUGUCCUCGAAUCUGCCUCCUUUUGAUCCAACGCACGAAAUGACGCCUCGAGAACUGAUCUGGGUCUUGGACGAGCUGCUGGGCCUUGAGGUAAGUGCCGCCUCGGGGUCGUUCGAUACUGCUCGGGCCAAGGCUUGAACCGGAGAUCUCAAAAUUGACCCUGUUUCUUCACAGAUGAAGUUUCUUGACGGCUUUCCACUGGCUUCGACGGUUUUCGAGUGUCAAUACCUACGGCCCACCGCACUUGCAGACCUAGCUUCGACCGCCGCAGCUUCCCCGUCGGUGUGGACAUCCAUCUUGCUCGAGAUGCUGUUGUCCAUCACCCACUGCAUUCGAAUGAUCUGGCAAGAGCUGUGUAAGGCGCAAGUUUAUGAGGUCAGUCGAUCAUUUUGAUCCUUCUGUUGAUAUGACUGUCAAAUCAUAGUCACUUCUGAUGGCCCAUGCGCUCAUGACCGCAGCACGAGGAUGUUCAUCUUGGUCUCGGAGGGCUGGACUUCGAAUCCCUUCUGCAAGCCGGCAGCAAUCAUGUCCUCGCAACAACCGAGGAUGGCAAAGCCGAUGUCACAACCAAGGAUAUCGCACACCGUCUCGACAUCGCCUUGGCCAACUUGCUGCAAGUGGACUUUUGCGAUCCCACACUGUGCAAUGCUAUUGCGACCCGCCUUCAACUUCGAAUUGUGGGUUUAGCCGGCUGUUCUACAAAGGAUGAUAUGUGCUGACUGGCUUCUGUUUUGCAUUCAUAGCAUCUGAUGUCCGCGUAUGCCACACUAGCCACCCCACCCCGAAUAGGUCCGUACGUAGUCCAGCAUCACUUGGGGUGCGUGGCCCACUUUAUCCCACUAGCGCAACACUGGAACAAGAACUCCCACCGUGCAACUUGCUUCCAACCACAACCACAGCUGCUCGCAAUUUUCUCCUCUCAGUUCCCACUUCCUAGUCCUCAUCCACCACACUGCACCGCUCAAUUCUGCAGCAGCGAAGGAUGGGAUCAAUUGGGCUUUCUUGUUGCCAACCUCCUUGGCUCGGUGCAAGCAUGGCAGCAGUUUUUGAGAACAGCAUCUUGGCAUGAUCUUGUGGAGUGGAGCUCCCAGGGUCGGGCUCAACAAAUGCUUGUGCAGCCCUAUGCACGCUCAGUUUGGCAGGUGGGUGGAAUCCAUGUGGUAUGCACCUGUUCACAACAGCUGAUUGAAAUUCCGCCUUUUUUCAUUAGAGCAUUAUCUGGUCUGAUGGGGCAUGCAUGGGCUCGUUGACACCACUCUCACUGGUCUCAUCAUUUUUAUUCGCAAUGACUGGCCUUGACCCCAUGAUCUGGCAGCAACUUCUGGACCUACGCACGGUGGAGGAAACAUGGGAUGCUCCUGCUCGCAAAAUUCUGGGAUGGGCGCAUCAGUUGGGGCUCCAACUCAUCCGUACACUUCAAAUUGCUGCACAAAACCCAUCGCGACAACGGAGGUUACUUGUCAAAGAAUUUCAAGCUUGGCCAAUCCUCAUUGCAAAGGUAGGGACAAUGAUGGUGGAGGUGUGCUUCCAUGGACAGCCUGGAUUGAUCCCCACCCACUGUAUCUUGUACCCUAGACUUUAUCCACAAUCAACCUUCUAGCAACGGUUCUUCGACCACCUGCUUCUCUUGCCCUUGCACCAACAGCCCUGAGUGUGGUCGCGUUGGAACAAGCUCUCCAGGUGUUGCUCCAAGGUCAAAAUCUUGCCCUUCUUACUUCAGUGGAGUGCCAGCAAACCGGCUGGGUCAUAUUGGAGGUUGCAACUUUGCUGGUCAACCAGCUUGGUGGAUUACAGCACACCAAUGUGCACAUGUCCCAGGGAGGCUUGGGGCUUUUGUGGCUGCUCAAUGCCCACAAAGCUCAGAAGAUGGGUCAGGACAUGCUCCUGGUGAGUUUGGUGUUAGUGUCUACAUGUGUGUGCGCCCACUGAGGUCUGUUUGUCUUGGAUGGGCCAGGGGUCAGGAAGUAGACACAUCAUAGAAGGAGGCUACACUGCUUUCCUCCCGCAGUGUGAGAGUCUUAGUACAACCCACAACAGACUCUAUCACAGGCUCAAAUUCACACAGCGCUUUGGAUGGCUUCAAGGGUGUCUAGUUGAAGGGGGUGUCUCAUUGGACCAGCUUUGCAGCUAUGCAGCUUACAAUGCUGAACAGUGCUUGUGUGCAAGCAAAUCUUGA